AUGGAAAAAAAGAAAGUGGUAUGGGGCGAAUACAGCCUUAAGCAGAUAUUGGAAAUUGGAGAUGCAAGUGCGAAAGACCAAGCUAUUCCAUACAAGCCAGAAAAGACAGGAGGAGCCGUUGUUAUAGAGAAAGUCAUGAAGUACGACGAAUGGUAUGAUGCCCUCGAAGAUCCCGCCCUGAAGGAUACUCUUAUUAGAUCGUAUUCAAAUCUGAGGGGACUAUUUGAAGAUCUCAAGGUUGCAAAAGAUAGGCAAUCGAACAAAGAGUCUAUUGAAGAGAUGCGCGAAGCAGCCGGUUUGCAUUUUAGAUCUGGGAAUCAACGAGUGAAGAAGCCAGUUGUUCUGAGCGAUCCUGAAACAGGGAAGAAAGAGCUCGGGGAAAAGGCUUGCAAAGAAUCUCCUGAUUCAAGCCUUGGGCGAAGGGUGCCACGGCUUUUUGGCGCUUCAGAAGAUUAUUCCCUGAAGUCUGACCCAUGCAAGCAAGUCAAUCUCCUUACGUUAGAUAAUGCUCUUAUCAAUGUGAGCGAAGAUGACGGGGAUACGGCAAAGAAAUCGUGGGGCAGUAUGUUGCCCAUCCAUCAACUCUUCGAGGAGAGAUUUUCUUCCUUCCUAACAUAUUCCCACAAGAUAGUUAAAGCCAGCUGA